GUAAUCACUAGUCAUUACAAUAGAAACUAGAAGUAUCUCAAAGUUGUUUCGUAUUUUAGCAAACAUUUGUAAAAAAUAUAUAAUUGUUUACUAAUUUUAAUAUGAACACAAGCAUACCACAAAAAACCAUUAGGUUUCAAUUUUUAAGUUUUAUUAGUGAGCUUCAACAGAAUAAGUAUUUGACAUUUUGACCCACAUUUAAUGAUUGAUAACGCACAUACUUAUUGCUUGGAUAUUCGUAAAGAAGUAAAAAAAAAUCAAUUAACUAAAUAUCUAAACGUAUUAGUUACUAAAGAAUAAUGUCUGAAUAUGAUGAUGAAGAUAUGGAUUAUUCAGAUCAAGAUGACUAUGAAGAUUAUUAUAAUGCAGAUCGCGAUGUAAUGAGUCCUCCUCAUAAUCCAGAUCCUGAAUAUUUCCCUGUACAAUGUUUGUCAAUUGAUGAGGUUGAUAAAUUUUUAAAUGAACUUGUCGAACAACUAUGUACUAGUAUACAUAUUAGUCCAUCAAUGUCAAAAGUUUUACUAUAUGAAAACAAAUGGGCUGUACAAGAAAUAUUAUAUAAAUAUAGUGAAGAUGCUGAUAAACUACUAGUUGCAUCAAGAAUGAAAUCUUUACAGACAGUUUUAAAUAAAGUAAAGAAAAAUGAAUUUGUAUGUCCAGUUUGUGUUGCAGCAAUUGAAGAAAAUAUAGGAAUCACAAGUUUAACUUGUGGACAUAGAUACUGUGAUACAUGUUGGUGUUCUCAUUUUGAAAAUAAAAUUAAACAAGGCGUGAGUACUGAGCUAACCUGUAUGGCAUUAAACUGUGAAAUACUUGUACCUGAAGAUGUAGUACUUUCAAUUGUAGAUAAACCAAUUUUAAGAAAACAAUAUCAACAUUUUGCUUUUCGUGAAUAUAUUAAAUCACAUCCAUUAUUACGCUUUUGUCCAGGAGCUAAUUGUAAUGCUGUAAUAAAAUCUAAAGAAUCUUUAGCAAAGAAGGCAAUCUGCACUCAAUGUGAAACAUCAUUUUGCUUUAAAUGCGGUAAUGAUUAUCACGCUCCAACUGACUGUGCUACCAUCAAGAAGUGGAUAACAAAAUGUGCUGAUGACAGUGAGACAGCUAAUUACAUAACAGCAAAUACUAAAGAUUGCCCCAAGUGUAAUAUUUGUAUUGAGAAAAAUGGUGGCUGUAAUCAUAUGCAGUGUUUAAGUUGUAAAUUUGAUUUCUGUUGGAUGUGUUUAGGAGAUUGGAAAGCACAUGGGACUGAAUAUUAUGAUUGUUCCAAAUAUAGAGAAAAUCCUCAAAAUGGUUCUGAAUCAGCUAAAGCUCGUGAGGCUUUAAAAAAAUAUCUUCACUAUUAUGAACGAUGGGAGAAUCAUUCAAAAAGUUUACAAUUAGAAAAGCAAACACUAGAUAAAAUUAAAGAGAGAAUAAAUAGUAAAGUGAUGACAAGUAAAGGUACGUGGAUUGAUUGGCAGUAUUUAUUAGAUUCUGCUGCAUUGUUAGCUAAAUGUAGAUAUACCUUGCAAUACACAUACCCAUAUGCAUAUUAUAUGGAAAAUGGACCAAAGAAAGAACUUUUUGAAUAUCAACAAGCUAAACUAGAAGCAGAAAUUGAAAAUUUGUCUUGGAAAAUCGAAAGAGCAGAAACAACAGACAGAGGUGAUUUAGAGAAUCAAAUGGAUAUAGCUGAAAAAAGAAGGGCUACUAUGCUUCAAGACUUUUUCCAAAUUUAAAAGCUUUAACUAAAAUCUUUAUUAUAAAAUUUAUGUAAAUAUUACCUAAAAAUUAUAAAUUUAAUUCAUUUGGUA